CAGACAGCUGGCUCUGGCCUCUCCUGGUCAACACCAUGGCCAAGACCCCUAGUGACUAUCUGUUGCACUCCCUGGAGGAGCUGGUGCCCUAUGACUUUGAGAAAUUCAAGUUCAAGCUGCAAAACACCAGCCUGGAGAAGGAGCAACAACGGAUACCCCGAGGCCUGCUCCCGUCAGCCAGGCCGGUGAAGCUGGCCGAUCUUCUGCUCAACCACUACGGGGAGAAGUAUGCUGUGCAGCUGACCCUGCAGAUCCUGAGGGCCAUGAACCAGCACCUCCUGGCAGAGGAGCUCCACAGGGCUAUUGACCCAGAAUAUCCGAUACAAGAAAGUGGCACUGACUGUCCAGCAAUGUCUUGUUCCUCGGGGGAGAAUAAGCCCAAGAGCCUGAAGAUGCCAGAUGGCCUGGAAGGGGACAGACAGCAGCAAAGUGGUGACGGAGCAGCCAGCCAGCCCGAGGCUGGGAAGGGGCCCCAGAAGAAGCCUCAGGGCAAACGGAGAGAUCAGAAGGGCUCCGAGGGCCUGGAUGUGCAGGGCAAGCCCGGGGCCAGGGGUGGGACUCUGUGUUCCAGGAGAAGCCCACUCCCCAGCAAGCAGCCAGGGGAGAAGGGCAGUGAUUCCAGUGUCAGGCUCCGCAGGAAUGCCAGCUCUGCAGGAAGGCUCCAGGGGCUCUCCAGUGGGUCAUAUGCUGGGUCCCUGGGAAGGAAGGCAUCUGAAGCACGUUCACCUUCAAAAAAGAAUCGACCCAGAAGUCUUGAAUUUACCAUUUCUUCCAGAGAGAGAGCUCUCUCCAAUCUAGAAACUCUUCUGCCUCAGGAGAAAGUGAGAAGUGAGAAUCUGGACUCAUCAGCUACCCCCAGCAAAGUGGCCACUCUGGAUGCAGGGGCUACUAUGGCUGUCGAGAAAGGCUCCAGAAAUCCAGAACAUUCUGUGACAGGGAGGCCGCAGGAUGAAGCUGUGUGUCCGCUCUCCCGGGCCCAGGAAGGAGAUCUGGUUGGUAGCACUUGUGUGCGUGAUUCCGGCAGCUGCUCCAUUGCUUCUAAGGAUCCCAAGGCCUCAGAUGGUUGCUUGCCCAACUGCCUCAGGUGUCAGGUCUCGCUCCCAGGGAAGAGUUCUGGAGGCAUCGAGCCGCAGGAGGGCCCACCGAUGGGCAGCCUGAGCCCCACGCUCCAGCCGCAAUGUACGCGUCACAGGAAGCAGGUCCAGCUGCUCUUCUGCGAGGACCACAGGGAGCCUAUUUGCCUCAUCUGCAGCCUGAGCCAGGAGCACCGAGGCCACCGGGUGCGCCCCAUCGAGGAAGCUGCCCUGGAAUACAAGGAGCAAAUUCAGAAGGAACUGGAGCACCUGAAGGCGUUGAGAAGAUCUGGAGAAGAGCAGAGAUCUGAAGGGGAUAAGAACACUGCAAACUACCUGAAACAAACUGAAAUCCAGAAGCAGAGAGUCCGGUGCCAGAUGGAGCAGCUGUGCCGGUUCCUGGAGCAGCAGGAGCGGCUCUUUGUGGCCUGGCUAGAGAAGCUGGCACAGACCAUUGUCCAGGUCGGGGAGACAUAUGACACCCAAGUGUCCAGGGACAUCGCCCUUCUCACCGAGCUGAUCGAGGAGCUGGAGACCAAGCAGCGCCAGCCGGAAUGGGAGCUUAUGCAGGACAUCGGAGUAACCCUGCGCAGAGUCAAGACAGUGACUGUCCCUGAGCCAUGGGCCACCCCUCUAGAGGUGAAAGAGAAGAUCCACCUGCUCCUCCAGAAAUCAGAGUUUGUGGAGAAGAGCAUGAAGCAUUUCUCAGGAACCCUACGUUCAGAAAUGGAAACCUUCAAUGUUCCAGAACUGAUUGAUGCUCAGACACAUGCCGUUAAUGUGGUUCUGGAUGCAGAAACUGCCCACCCCAACCUCAUCAUCUCUGAUGACCUGAAGAGUGCUAGACUUGGAAACAAGUGGAUCCAUAUGCCUGACAGUCCAGAAAGAUUUGAUAGCUGCAUUUUUGCCCUGGGCUCUCCAAGCUUCCGCUCUGGCCGUCAUUACUGGGAAGUGGAGGUGGGAGACAAGACAGGGUGGGUCCUGGGUAUCUGCAAGGCAUCCACAAGCAGAAAGGGGAACAUGACUCUGUCGCCAGAGAAUGGCUACUGGGUGGUGAUGAUGAUGAAGCGAAAUGAGUACCAGGCAUCCACCUUCCCCCCGACCCGCCUGCGGAUGAGGGAGCCCCCCAGGCGUGUGGGCAUCUUCCUGGAUUACAAGGCUGGAGACAUUUCCUUUUACAAUGUGACAGCCAAAUCGCACAUCUACACAUUCACCAGCUUCUCUUUCUCUGGGCCCCUUCAAGCUAUCUUCAGCCCUGGGACACAUGAUGGAGGGAAGAACAUGGAUCCUCUCACCAUCUGUCCAGUCGGUGACCAGGGGCCUCACUGAAAGCCCUACACUUUGCAUCUCUCUUCCAACUCCCAGCCUUGUACUUUGAACUUAUACUCUCGCCAGUUAUUAUUGAACAUACAUUGGGUUCUGGGUGCUUUGGGAAAUAUAAUAAAUCAGAGAAUAGUCCUUGUGUCCUAGGAGCUUAUGGAAUAGUAGUAGAAAUAAGCUAGGUCCUCAAAUAAUGGUAAACCAAGGGUGAAGAGAACACAUAUGCUGAUGACAUGCCAUGUUUUUUUCAGAGUAGAAAGUGCAUGGCUUAAUAAACCCUUGUAUGGAUUAACACCCUAAGAUGCUCCUGCGACAGAGAUUCCACCCUCAUGUUCCCUCAGUACCCAUGGCAAGGAUAUGUCCCCUCAUUUUAUUUUCCCCUGUCUUGAGGACUUGUCUAGGGGGAAAAAAAUAAGCAAAGUGGUUUGCUAUACAUUUUUUUGUAUCUGGAUUAAUGAACUGUGGUUCUUAAGAGUAUUGGCUGUGCCUGAUAAAUAAAUUGAUUAGAAGAUUUAAUCAUAA